AUGUUUAUUAUUAAGCUUACACCCGCAGUUGUCCUGGCCUUCCUGGCUGGCGCUAAUGCCAAGGAUAUCUUUGUUUCUCCCACCGGUACCGGUUCAGGAACUCUUGCGGCGCCCUAUGGAUCAAUCCAGUCAGCUAUCGAUGCUGCCAAGGCUGGUGACUUUAUCUACCUCCAAAAGGGUACUUAUGCGCCUUCAAAGAACAUUCAGAUCAAGACAAGCGGUGCCAAGGGUAGCCCUAUCACCGUGAAGCCUUACCAGAGUGAGAAGGUCAUCAUUGAUGGAGAGAACAUGCCUGGGAUCAUCAACGGCCCUUACGGUAUCUACGCCAGAGAUGCCUCAAACAACUACUACGAAGGUCUCUCCACCCACGACAACUACGAGACCGGCUUCCAGCUCGAAGGAGCAUCCGCCAACAACCAGGUCAUCAACCUCGACUCCUACCGCAACCGCGACCCUCGCAAGAACGGCGAGAGCGCAGAUGGUUUCGCCUGCAAGGACGGCACAGGCGAGGGCAACGUCCUUCGCAACGCUCGUCUGUGGGAUAACGUCGACGACGGCCUGGACCUGUACAUGUUCGGCUCGCCUGUGACGCUGGACGAGGUAUACGCCUGGGGCAACGGGUUCAACCUCUGGGACUUCAAGGAUUUCAAUGGCGACGGCAACGGCUUCAAGCUGGGCAUCACCAACAACCCACCCGCGAACCACAUCGUCAAGAACUGCAUUGCCUUCCAGAAUGCCAAGAAGGGCUUCAUCGACAACGGCAACCCCGGCUCUCUGACCUUCAAUCGCAACACGGCGUGGAAGAACGGCGACAAUGGCUUCAACCUCCGCAGCUCGUCAUCAAAGGUUACCAAGAACAUUGCUGUGGGCAACAAGGGCGAGCAGGUCAGCCUCAACAGCAAGGUUACUGCCUCCGGAAACUCGUGGGACAGCAAGGAUACCUGGAAUGAUGCGUCCUUCAAGAGCACGAACGCGGCGACACUCAAGGGUGCUCGUGGCUCUGAUGGUCGCGUGAAGGCCAGUGACUUUUUGGUUCCUGCUUCUGGUGCUGGUCUUGGUGCUACUACUCAGGCCAAGGUCUGA